AGUUUGUAUGCUAGUUCUUGUCCUGUGAUCGCAAAUCGGUAUGGUCGCGGGUUAAACAUUUGACUUCAGAUGUCGUCUUGCCAGAUGUAACUUGGAAAAAAACUGUGGCCUGCCAGCCGAACAGAUUUUCUGAAAAUUAUUUAAAAUUGAUUACUACUGGUAAUGGGUUGCCUAAAAUGAAAUUAAUUUAGCUAGCAAGAAAUGUCAGUCCUCGCUAGCUGCAUUAUUGCAUGAAGAAUGGUAUUAGGAAAUGUCAAUUCUAUGCUUGUAUCUUGUCGUGAUCGCCGAGCUAGCCAACUACGCAGCUAAUUAUCGAGGAAGUAAUGACGACCAUGUCAUCACUAAUUGGAUUUUUAAAAAUAAAUCGUCCUGAAAAGGUGGCUUGAAAAUCCCACUGAAAUAAAAUAAUUGUCGAUUACCAACGAUGACAAACGAAGGAGUUGCUGAGUCUUUUCAAAUGUAGCGACUGUGAUGUGAAAAAUUAUAAGAUAGCUGGGGAAUUAAACAUGUCAUCGUUUUUUGCUUAUUCACAGGGCAUUAUCUACUUAGUGUUUAGGCAGUGAUACCUUGUGUGAUUUCACGCUGUUUCCAUUUUUUUAGUUCAAUGAAUUUCACUAACUUGUGCAAACUAUGAUAUUGUAAGCUGUCGUAUAACGCUCAAACGUCAUAGUGUAACUUUACAGUAGUACUGUAUAUUUAAAAGUGACUAAUUUAACAAGUGGUAAAUGAGUGUUUGGAGUGUAUCACACUUCUUUUGACAGGAUAAUAAUGUGCACAGACAAAUAAGCUACGCCUAGGGACAAUGAGCGAGCCAGAUCCAAUGCUGGAGAAGGGAGUGAAUAGCGGUUUAGCUUGCCAGGAGAGUUAUGCCUGCGGGGGCUCAAACGAGGCGGUGUUUGAGUGUGACGAGUGCGGCAGUCUGCAGUGCGUCCGCUGCGAGCUGGAGCUCCAUCGCCUGGAGCGGCUGCAGAACCACGAGCGGAUUCGCAUAAGGCCAGGGCACGUGCCGCUUUGCGACUCCUGCAAGGACAGCAACGGCGGCCUGGUGAGCAGCGGGCGGCAGAGGGCCGUGGUCCGCUGCCAGGGGUGCAAAGUCAACUUGUGUCUGGACUGUCAGAAACGCACCCACAGCGGGGUGAACAAAAGGAAGCACAUGAUCAUCCCCUACCCGCCACCCAAACCAGAAGAGGGUGGCUCAGGUGCCCCACGGGAUGAGGUGGAGGAACAGAUGGUCAGACUUCUAGAGAAGGUCUGCUGCUUCCUACUGGUAGAUGAAGACGAGGAGAUGCAUGUGAGGAAUGAGGUUGAGUUUGUGGAGAAACUUGGCUGUCAGCCUGAUGAGCUGCUGAAGGUGGUCUCCAUCUUUGGGAACACUGGGGAGGGCAAGUCCCACACACUCAACCACACCUUCUUCCUGGGUCGGGAGGUCUUCAAGACUGCACCCACUCAGGAGUCCUGCACUGUGGGUGUGUGGGCAGCACUGGACCCUGUACACAAGGUGGUGCUUAUGGAUACAGAGGGGACCGCCUCUGACUCAGGCCAGCGCACUCGCCUGCUGCUGAAGGUGCUGGCUGUAUCUGACCUGGUCAUCUACCGCACACGCUCCGACCAGCUCCAUGACAACCUGUUCAAGUUCCUGGGCGAGGCCUCGGAUGCCUACCUGAAGCACUUUGCCAGGGAGCUGAAAGCCACCACCACCCGCUGUGGCCUGGAUGUGCCCCUCUCCACCCUGGGGCCCGCUGUCAUCAUCUUCCAUGAGACGGCCCAUACCAAGCUGCUGGGCUCAGACAAGCCGUCAGAGUCGGUGGAGCUGCUGCUGCAGGAGCGCUUCCAGAAACUGGGCAGUUUCCCAGAAGCCUUCAGCUGCGUCCAGUACCGUGGCACCCGCACGUACAACCCCCCCACCGACUUCAGCGGCCUCCAACGCAGCCUGGAGCAGCUGCUGGAUAACAACACCACACGCUCCCCACGUACUGCCCACGUCAUCUACAAGGCCCUGCGGGCCCUGAGUGAGCGCUUCAAUGAGGAGAUCUCGGAUGAUUGGCUAGGCCAAACCUCCUUCUUCCCUGAAGAGUACUUCACCUGCUCCAGCAUCUGCCUCAGCUGUGGCUCUGGCUGCAGGAACAGCAUGAACCACCUGCGGGAAGGCAUCUCACACAUGGCCAGACACAACUGUCACUAUUCUGAGACCCAUGACAACCGCAUCCUCACCUGUAAGGCCUGCUAUGAGAGGGGGGAGGAGGUGGUUGUGGUCCCCAAAACGUCUGCGUCCUCCGACUCAGCCUGGCUUGGCCUGGCCAUAUAUGCCUGGUCAGGGUAUGUGAUUGAGUGUCCAAACUGCUCAGUUAUCUAUCGGAGCAGGCAGUACUGGUACGGCAACCAGGACCCAGCGGACACGGUGGUCCGCACAGAGAUCCACCAUGUCUGGUCGGGGUCGGACAGCUUUCUGAGGGACAGUCGCAAUGCGGCACAGCGGGUGUUGGACGGGGUCACCCUGGUGGCACAGUCGGUGUCUGAGCUCAGUGUCAGGCCUGCCAAGGCUGUCACCUCCUGGCUCACGGAUCAGAUCGCUCCGGCCUACUGGAAGCCCAACUCCCUCAUCACAGAGUGCCACCAGUGCGGCGAGGCCUUCCAGGACAGUGACACCAAGCACCACUGCCGGGCCUGCGGAGAGGGUUUCUGCAAUGGUUGCUCUUCCAAGACUCGCCCCGUCCCAGAGAGGGGCUGGGGCCUCUCCGCUGUGCGGGUGUGUGACACCUGCUUUGAGCGGAGGCCUGGCAGCAAAGCUGCAGGGCUGUCCGAGGCAGUGUUGGAAGAAGAGGAGGGCGGGACCCUGAUAGCCAGGAAGGUGGGAGAGGUGGUGCAGAGCACACUGGGAGCUGUGGUCACAGCUAUAGACAUCCCCCUCGGCCUGGUGAAGGACGCAGCCCGCCCUGCUUACUGGGUCCCAGACCAGAACAUCCUGUUGUGCAGCUGCUGCCAGCGUGACUUCACUGCCCGCAUGUCCAAGCAUCAUUGCCGUGCAUGUGGUGAGGGUGUGUGUGAUGACUGCUCCCCCAAGCGCCGUGCUGUGCCCUCCCGCGGCUGGGACCAUCCCGUGCGGGUCUGUGCCAUCUGCAGCCAAAGGCCUGGGGACCUCUAGCAGGGUCAGACCAUGAAGGAACACAGCCCUGCUCAUCACUGCCCAUCACCUCUGUUGAUGUAAUGGUUCAGCCCUCUGGAGUGGGGAGCCCCUCUGUACAAGCAGCUUUCAUGGGAGGCUGUUUUUAGAAUGUCGGCACAUUUAGGGCCUUUGUGUGUAAUGAGUCAGCACAGUUUUGGCUUUUUAGUUUAGGGUGCUGGUGUAGUUAGGGCUUUUCACAUAGCACAACCUCUUCCAAGUUAGAGAAUGGCAGGUUCUGAAGCAAUUUAGUUAUCUAAAGACAGUGUCUGUAUACAGUAGGCUUGGGUGGUUUCUGUUUUUUUAUAUGUUCAUACCUUCCCGACAUUUCACCGGGGUAUACGGUAUAAGAUGGAAAAAAUGGAAAAGCUGAGCUACUGGUGUCUAACUAGCCUACAAUGCUGUGUGUCUAAUAUCCAAGUAGCCUACUUAAACAAAUUUUUCUGGGCCUGUUUUUCUAUCUUUUGUGUUCAGCCAAAAUAAUAAUAAUAAUGUGUGGCGACUCACAGAAACCCAUCGGAUGUCACUGACGUUCGAUUUUGGGAAAAGGCCAAAAAACAUCGAAAAUGAAUUUUUGGUCAUAACUGAGGUGUCAUCAUAAUUUGUCGGUUUAAAUUCUAUACUUUUCUGAAAAACAUUGAUAAAUAUGUUGAAAGUAACACGUUUAUUUUAGACAUUUUUGGACUGAUCAGCCUAGCUAGCUGGCUAUCUUCCUCACACUAAUGUUAACUACCCGUAGUAACCAAGCUAGCUAGCUAGCGAGUUCGCUUGAUAAUAAUUAGCUACUUAUUCUAAAUUUGGUUAAAUCCUCCAACAUAGAUUGCUGGCUAGCUAACAAAUGCAUUCACAAAACAUCAAGUCUUGACUAUCAAGCAGACUACAGUACAUGGUGAAUGGUUAUAUAAUAAUCACUGGACUGGAUGUGACUCUAGCCCGCUGCUAUAAUAACAGCCCUCAAUUCCUUCACAACUACUUAAGGAAAGUUGUGGAAUUAAAAAAAAAAAACACCAUUUCCACUUUACAGAGGGAUCAGGAUGUCUGAAGUAGUUAUCAGGCAGUGACAUGGAAGAGCAGCACCUGCUCAAAGACGAACUGAAUGGAAUUACAACGUAAUGCAAUGGAAUCUUUAAAUGCUGUUUUCUGAGUUUGCUGUGAGGUGUGACUGGAGGUUUGACGUGUUACCCCUUUAGCCACAACUCUCUUGAGGCAAAUAGUGCACACAGCUUCGUCCAGAAUAGCUGGCUCACCUUUAUCAUCGGGACGAAACCUAAAAUACUCCCAAACCAUAGGUGUUUUUUUUUUUUUUUUAACUAGUCCUGUAACGUUAUCCCCACCACUCGCAUUCACCGUCUCUCUCACCAGUAGACUGACCUCUGGUGGCGUGUGCUGUGCAAUACAUCACCUCAAUAAAACAUCUCCGUAUCAGUUUAAUAGAAAGAGGAGCAUCUGUAUUUUUGACGGUAUUGAAAAUCAUACCUUCGAGAUUUCUAAAUACUGUAUACUGUAACACCUUGAUACCGCCCAAGCCUAGCACUAUACAGUAGUUAGUUUAGCUAUUCAUAAUAGUUGUUCCCUAAUGUUGGCAGCUAGGUAAUUGUCAGGAACACUGUAUGGAAACAAUUAAUUUCUGCCCUGUAGUGACAUUAAACAAUAGCUGGAAGAUGCAAAGUUCACAAGUUAGCAGAAAAUUUCAUCCCUCUUAUAUCUAGCAGCUGAAACUGAAAUAGCAAAGUGCUAAUAGCGUAAAAACAUUCUGUAUUUGAAUUGUUUGUAACUGGAAUGUAUGUUUGAUGUGAAGCAACCAUAAGAGUGUCACUGGGUAACAUAUAAUUAGUUACAUGACAAUAGGACCAGAGAUGUGGAGUGAAACAAAUAUAAAUAAUUAAAUCUGCAUCAAACAUCAACUGAAACUCCUUUCUGUGGUUCAGGCUUUGACACACACAGUAUAGUUCAAAUCCAAAUGGGGUGGGUGAUACACACUCUUUAUGGAGGAUUCUGCUUUAUUCCACUUCAUAAUUACUAUAGUUAUGCUUUCCUAUCAAGAUCUGAUCAAAGCUUAUCCUAGUUUUAACUAAAGGACUAUGUGGACAGAUGGUGCUUCAUGAAACCUUCAUAGUUCUGUACCUCUGCAAAUGUUAUUUUAAGCCAUCCCCCCUCUGAAUAAUGGACUGGACCGUUCUGCAACACACCUGAACAGAAACUACAGUCAAAGCAUGCACAGUCCAUGCUGUCAUUUCUACAGUCUGCGGUUCCUCCAGACCUCAUACAUCCUCUCUGAGGGUGCUUAAGAAACACUGUGAGAGGGUCUCUGAAAUCUGUCGGUUAUACACCAAGCAAGAACUUCAGCCAUGUUUUCUGAAUCUCAUAUGCUGAUACAUUAAAACCUAAGAACAUGUGGACACAUUUGUGAGCUCAUGUGUGAUAUCACAGCAUUUUCCAGACAUUUUCCAGUUCCAAUAAAAAAUUAUGCAGGCGUUCAACAGUCAUCAUAUAAUAGAUAAGUGUUUAUUACUUUCACAUCGCUUCAAAAAAUGGCAACACAUUGGAACUCACAAAACACAUUCUUGC